CGAGAUCUUCUUGUUGACCCGAAAGAACCGCAACAAUUGGUUGCAUCCAAAACGUCCCACCUCUGUCUCCCACGGGAAGAGCUUUUCUAGGAGCUCCCCGAGAGAGACGCUAAACUGACGACGCGUCUAAGUUGAGUUCUGGUCAGAGGAACAUUGACAAUCGGACGGAACUAUAGCAGACGCCUCCGAAUUGAACGAGCCAUAUUUAACUCGAGAGAGACGAGCUCUUCAGAUCAUUGCUUGUUACGUGUCUGAAGUUCAGUAGAUAUAACAGCCGCUUGUCAAAGACAGAUCAUUAUAGCAGACGUCUGCAGCUCAUUUCAUCAUCAUGGAAAACACCUCGGCUUUGAGCGUGAACUCCAGCGUCUCCGGGUGGCACCGUCUACCGUGGUACCAGUUCGAGGAGUGUGCGGAGGCUCCUCACUGGUUUCUAUUGUACUUUGGAGUCAAAGUAUUGAACCUGGUUGCAGGCGUUCCCCUGAACGCCCUCGUGUUGUGGCAGAUUCUGAGGAAGAAGAGCGAAGGCUCGACGUCAGACAUCUUCAUUUUUAACCUUUCCAUCCUGGACGCCUAUUUUGGCCUCAUGACGGCAGUCGACCUUUCCAACCGUCUGUACUUCAACGAUCCAUCCGUCUGGUACUCGGUGCGUUUCGCCUACGGACUCAAAGACGUGACUCCGUUGUUUCUCACCUGUAUUUGUCUGGACAGGUACGUCGCUGUGGUCCAUCCCAUCCUCUUCACGGGGAUCCGUGACACUCGCAUCCGGAUCGGCGUCUCGCUGCUGGUGUGGGGACUCAUCCUGGCCUACUCACUGACCAAAAGCUUCUUAGGUGUCAUGAGCGUGAAUGAGGUCUUCAGCGGAGUCAUCCUCUCGGCCUUCUUCAUCAUGAUGUUCUGCAACCUCUCCAUCAUCUGGGUCCUCAGGAAGAGCGUCGCAGGGAAAGAAGUCAUGAACCCGGUGAAGAAGAAGGCCUUUAAAAUGGUGAUGAUUGUCCUUGUCAUCAUCAUUGGGAACUAUCUGCCUUCCGUGGCUCUGAUGCCGUUUGCUUCCACCUACUCUUUCGUGACGUUCCGCUGUAAGAUCAGCCUCUGCGUCUUCUCCAUCAUGGACCUGAGCUGCACCAUCGAGCCUCUGCUCUACAUCUCUAAGAUGGAGCGCUCCGCGUUCUGUCAAUGCCUGCAGAGUCCUUCCAAGAAACCCAUCACCGUGAGGGUCUGAAGUGUGUGUGAUUUGAGACUCUUGGACUGUGUGUGUCUCGGUUCGAUCCAGGGAUCUCCAGCCCUGCUCCUGAAGAGCUACUCUCCCGCAGACUCCAGUUAUAACACACCUGCCUGUAACUAUCCAGUAACCCUGAACACCUUGAUUAGCCGGGUUGGAGCUGAAAUCUGCAGGACAGUCGCUCUCCAGGAGCAGGGCUGGAGAUCCAGUGGUUGGUGACCCAAACAUGUGCUUCAGGUCUGUUGUGAUUGGGCCCUGACAGCAUGAAAAACAGUCAAAUAAUACAAUAAAAUAACCCUAUAUAAUUAUUAUGACAGCGAGAAAGGGAGGAGAAAACACUUCCCAUGUUCUUGUUGAUGUCAAAGAUUGUAUGUCCAUCAAACUCCACAUUAUUUUGGCACAAGUUUAUCUUCAUCUUUAAACACCAUGAAUAAAACUUCAAAGAAAAUACAGUCCAGACAACAUUAAAUACACACAUAAACAGGAUGAAGAUGGUUUGAGCAGAACAUGAAACCACUUGACAACCAA